AUGAAGGAAGCGGGGAUUGUCAAGAUGCGUAAACGCGCUCAGAGCCACAGCCAGGGCCAGAGCCAAGGCCAGAGUCAAGUGUACAUUUACGGCGCACACACGCAAGCGGACGCGGCGGGCAGAUCGAGAAGUGCGGCAGGUACGACAGGCACGGCCGCCGCCGCCGCUGCUGCUGCUGCUGCUGCUGCGACUGCUGCGACUCGGUGGAAAUUGCCCUCCGCCGCUUCUCCGACGACUGGGCCUACGAUGAGACCAUGGUUUACGGUUCCCCCUUCUUCUGCCACCCACUCUUCCUCUUCAUUACAGAUUAGUGCAGCAGCAGCAGCAUCAACGGCUACGACGACGACGCACAUGCCGCUGCAGACGAAAGAUCACCAAGGCGGCGCUGGCAACACAACGGCGCAGAUACCUUCGACUGUCGUCCACUCUAUUCCCGUGCCCUUAUUCGAAUGCUAUGCACCCGUCUUGGGACAUUCCGCCGUGCGAUGUGUUGGCCAGACGCAUGCACAGGCACUCCACCAACUGGCGCCGAGCAUCCUCUUUGGCCUGGGCUGCAUCGCUAUCAUCAUUCAGUGGAUUCGUCUCGCUUGUGCCCGGCGCAGAUUCGGUGUCGUGCUCACCUCCUCGAUGGCCGUCUACGGUGGCUCGGCUGCGACGCUGGCCUUUUGUAGCAGCAUUGUGCCUCACGCGAGCAGCGGCGACGGUGCCUCCCUCAUCAUAGGCGCCCUCACUUCGCCCCUGCUUCUGCUUCACCUCAUCGUUCUGUAUCUGCUCGCACCCAGGAGCAGAGCACGGCUGGCUCCGCUCGACAGAAGUCUCUUCGCGUCAGGCCUCGCCGUCCUCGUUCUCAACGUUCUCACCUCGACCGAAAAGGCAUCUGACUCCCCUGAGCUGGCUUCACAUCGACAUCACUUAAUCUACGCCGAGGCUACUGCGAUCCUCGUCUUCUAUGUCUGCUCUCUUUUGUCGAUGGAUCUUCUCAGGUCUCAAUUCAGAGGACUGAGGAGGCUCAAUGGGAAGCCCACUCCGUGCUCGCAAAGGAGGAAGCUGUGGGCUGCUGCCCGCCUCUCCCGUGCGCUUUUUGCUCUCGGCACCGUCCUGCUUUUCGCCCACGCCAUGUUGGCAUUCAGUCACCCUACAAAUGAGGCUAUAGUUCUGGCGGGCGGUCUACUGGCAGCCAUUGCCUAUCUCGCCCAUGUUGCGACGUUCCUCGUCCUCAAUUGCGCGUCUCGAUCACCCUCGUCUUCGUCGUCGCCGUCGUCCGACGACCAGUGCUCCUCUGGCGACGUAGAUCUCGACGUAGACUUUGAAAAGCGCGGCCGGUCCGAUCGCUCCCCACAGCUGCCGGGAUUCAGCCGAUCGCCCGGUGGCACGUUGCUUCUGCGUGAGGGACGGCCGAGAAACAAGCUUCCUGCUGCGCUGCCGCCGCUGCCCACCGAGGCAGGCUCGCCAAAGGGCGCCGUCGCUUCUCCACUACAGGCGGCCGUCGUUAAGGCGCGGACAAAGAGCAAGGUCAGCGUCGUCUCGUGGGAUCGCAUCGAGUCGCUGAUGCGGCCCGACUACGUGUUAAACCGCUCGCCGAAGGUUAGCAGUGCGUCACCGAUGGCUCUGAGGAGAGAGGACUAUAUGCGGCAGGGGGAGGAGGAUAAUUCGCAGAGGCGAGGCCGAGUCACGUCGCUUGUCACUGAGGCGUCUGACUAUGGCCCCAACACGACGUCGUACCACGAACCAUCACCAGGCGGAAGAGCGAGCUUCCAUGCAAGCCAUCGUAGGAGCUCCAUGUUGGUCGGCUGGCACAACCUCAUGAAUGCACACCGCCGGUCUCAGACGCCAACGCAGACAGCAAGCGCGACGCCCACAAGCUCCAAGUUCCCCAGCGGCGUUUUUAUCGUGGCCAAGUGUCUGGACGAAGGGGAGCAGGACAUCCCGCUCGUUCCUGAUCCUGCCCUCCUCAGUGAUUUGGCCAGGCGCAAGGGAAAGCAGAGGGCGAGGCGCAACUCUACCAUUGCCAGAAGAAUCGCCUCGGCAUCCGUUUCAGCCGCUGCCUCCCCGACUCUUCUCGCAAAAGCAACAGGUGCCUCAGCUUCUUCUGCUUCUUCGCCACUGAGCCCUCGGCAGAUGUUGAGGCAUGCAAGGAAGAUGACUCCACGGCGUCUUGGAUCUUCCACAGGCGACAAGGCGGCUGUCGAAGACGACGAGAUGGACGAAGGCCAGGUCGUUUUUGUGGGAGCCAUCGGAGAGCCCAAUAGUGUGCCCACAUCGGCAGUGACUGCCGACGCAGACGUUGUUGGCAUCUUGAGCCCAUCACUGGCAUCGGCUGAAGUUGUGAGGAGUGCGUCUUGGAGGAUCGCCGCUCGUGAUGGCGCUGCGACGGUCCAGAUGCCCAUCAGUGCGAGCAACGCAGCCAAGGACAAGGCCACAGUGGACGAGAGAGUCGGACAGGAGACAGACAUUCAUCACGAGCACGGUGAAAAGGAAGAGGCCGAUAUUGGACAGCAGGGAAAGAUCGGCCGAGUCGAGCCUGGUCCGAAGACGAUAUGGAGAAUGCAAGACAAUAACUCGAAGAGGGCGAGCCGCAACACGCUGCUCUCCAUGGUUCCCUCUCGAGUUGGAGAGUCGUGGGAGGACUAUGACGAAGAAGAGACGGCUCUGUGUGGACUCUCCAGCAUCGAAAAGGUCCUUGCAGAGCGCGGAAGGGUAGGUUUGGAGCUGACAAGAAAGUCUAUCCAGCUCGAGCAUCCCUCUUUCAGCGACGCCGAGAGGCAAACUGAACGCCCCAUAGCGGAAAUGUCGAGCAAAACGAAGUCGGACGGCGCGCCAAAUGACGCUGCAGACGGCUUCCAUGGGUCCACGGUUCCUCAAGAGGAGGGUAAGACCAGCUUCGGCAGCAACAGGGACAAGCUGCUGGUCGACAUGGUGGCCGGCGACACAUUCUCCUCCUCCGUCUCUGCGCUCUGA